AUGGCGCUCGGCACCUGCGUCCUCCCUUCGUUCUCUCCCCAGGCUGCCGUCCUCCGCCGUACGUCCACCGUAGCCAGCGCAGCUGCAGCCUCCCGGAUCGGCGGCUUCCUCUCCAGCAAGCCCUACGCGCUGCCGCCCUGGGCGUCGGGCCUUUCCCACGCCCCGUCCCACACCUUCUCCCUCGGCCACUUCCCGACCCCGAUCCACCGGUGGAACCUGCCCGACCUGCCCAAGGGCACGGAGGUGUGGAUCAAGCGGGACGACCUCGCCGGCAUGCAGCUGAGCGGCAACAAGGCGCGGAAGCUCGAGUUCCUCGUGGCGGACGCCGCCGCGCGGGGCGCCGACUGCGUCGUCACCGCCGGCGGCAUCCAGAGCAACCACUGCCGGGCCACCGCCGUGGCCGCCAAGUACGCCGGCCUCGACUCCUAUCUGAUACUCUGCACCCCCAAGCUCCUCGUGGACCGGGACCCCGGCCUGGUCGGCAACCUGCUCGUCGAGAGGCUGCUGGGCGCGCACAUCGACCUGGUCUCGCAGAGAGAAUUUUUGAAGUUUGGGAGCGUGGCUCUCACCGAACUGCUGAAGAAGAGGCUCCUGGAAGAGGGGCGGCGGCCGUACGUGAUCCCUGCCGGCGGAUCGAACGCACUGGGGAAUUGGGGAUACAUCGAAGCAGUAAGGGAGAUUGAGGAACAAAUUCAGUCAUCUGAUGGUGGUCUUCAGUUUGAUGACAUUGUUGUCGCGUGCGGCAGCGGCGGAACCGUCGCCGGCCUCGCUUUGGGAUCGCAGCUGAGUAGCCUGAAGGCCAAAGUCCACGCCUUCUCUGUCUGCUAUGGCCCUAAAUACUUCUAUGACUCUGUUCAAGGUCUGAUCGAUGGGCUUCAGUCUGGUCUGGACUCACAUGAUAUAGUCAGCAUUGAAGAUGCCAAGGGCUUGGGUUAUGCCAAGAGCACGGGUGAUGAACUUAGAUUUGUGAAGGAUGUCGCUGCGGCGACAGGCAUCGUGCUCGAUCCGGUCUACACCGGGAAGGCGGCUUACGGUAUGCUGAAGGACAUGUCAGAUAAUCAAGCCAAGUGGGAAGGGCGAAAGGUCCUGUUUGUUCACACCGGUGGUCUCCUUGGGUUGUAUGAUAAGGUGGAUCAGUUGUCGUCUUUGGCCGGGGGCUGGCUCAGAAUGGACCUUGAAGAACCUGUGCUCCAUGCAAAUCUCAACUAG